UAACCAGUUAGUCGUCAGCAAUUUCGUUUAGGACACAGCAACUCCGCCGCCGCAAGUUUUUGCUUAUUUUAGCAUUUUGAGCAAUCAAAGUGAAGUGACUGGUCUCGCAAUCCGUGGCGUUUGCCGCCGGGUAGCUGGCUGCCCAUCGGCAGAUCGGGACCAAUUUGCAUACUCAAUAAGUAUUAUACUAUAAAUUCUUUCGAAGUGCUCGUUUCAAAUCGAAUAGAACCGAAAUAAAUAUUCAAGUGCAAACAUGAAACAUAAGUUUAUGCCUAUUGGUACAAAAAAUUAAUAUAUUUUAAAGUAUCUUAUUACAACUAUAAAUAUGAUAACAAACCCGCCGAUUGGAAUCAGAAAUAUUACGAAGUUUAGCAUUUAAAUACUCUAAAGGAAUAGCACACACAACGAAAACAACAAGCCUUACGCAUCAGAAUCAGUGAAUAAAAACUAGUCAACAACUAAUUUCGACGUGUUUGACAAAUUAAAAACCAUAUAUUGAUUCGGUAAUUCAAAGGAUAGCUAAAGCCCAGUUGUUCUUAAUACUAAUAACGCGACGAAAUGAUGUUAACUACGGAACACAUCAUUCAUGGCCAUCCCCACUCAUCCGUGGGCGUUGGAGUAGGGGUUGGUCAAAGUGCAUUAUUCGGCUGCUCCACAGCGGGUCACAGUGGCAUUAAUCAGCUUGGUGGCGUUUACGUAAACGGCCGACCCCUCCCAGAUUCUACCCGACAAAAAAUUGUAGAAUUGGCACACUCUGGUGCGCGACCAUGUGAUAUUUCGCGUAUACUGCAAGUGUCCAACGGAUGUGUUAGUAAAAUUUUAGGCAGAUAUUACGAAACCGGAUCAAUAAAACCUCGAGCGAUAGGUGGUUCAAAACCACGAGUAGCCACAACGCCGGUCGUACAAAAAAUUGCCGAUUAUAAACGAGAAUGUCCAAGCAUAUUUGCAUGGGAAAUACGAGAUCGACUGCUAUCGGAACAAGUUUGCAAUAGUGAUAAUAUUCCAAGUGUGUCGUCUAUUAAUAGAGUGUUGCGUAAUUUAGCUUCACAGAAGGAACAGCAAGCGCAACAACAAAAUGAGUCUGUCUAUGAAAAGCUGCGAAUGUUUAAUGGACAAUCUGGUGGUUGGGCCUGGUAUCCUGGUAAUACUACAACGGCACAUUUGGCUCUUCCACCAACACCCACGGCAGUUCCAGCCAAUCUAUCUGGCCAAAUUGCCCGAGAUGAAGUGCAAAAACGCGAUUUGUACCCCGGCGAUAUAUCUCACCCGAAUUCACAUGAAAGUGAAUCAGACUGCAAUUCAGAGCAUAAUUCAUCUGGAGAUGAGGAUUCACAAAUGAGGCUACGAUUAAAACGUAAACUGCAAAGAAAUCGAACAUCGUUUACUAAUGAACAAAUAGAUAGCCUCGAAAAAGAGUUUGAAAGGACGCAUUAUCCAGAUGUUUUUGCACGGGAGCGGCUUGCAGAAAAAAUUGGUUUGCCAGAGGCACGUAUUCAGGUUUGGUUCUCAAAUCGACGGGCCAAAUGGCGAAGGGAAGAAAAACUACGCAGUCAAAGACGUUCUGGUGAUAAUGGAGGCGCUGGCAACGGACGCUCAAGCACCAAUAAUACCAUCGGAGGAGGCUCUGUGCCUAAUAGUGCAGCAGCGUCAAGCAAUCCUACGUCCGGCGUUGUGAGCUCGGCUGGUCCAGAAGGAGCUUCCUCCGUCCAUCCCGGUAACAGUAGCAGCACUAACGUAACUGAAACAUCGAAUGGUCCAACAAUUCAUGGUGGAGAUGUUAGUUCUGCGCAUCCCAACUCGGAAAGCCCGCCCCUGCAAGCAGUUGCCCCCCGUUUGCCGAUCAACACUGGUUUCAACACAAUGUACUCGUCUAUCCCGCAACCCAUCGCAACUAUGGCUGAGAAUUACAAUUCAAUGACGUCGUCGUUAAGUUCCAUGACAUCGUCGUGUUUACAACAAAGGGAUAGCUACCCAUAUAUGUUUCAUGAUCCAUUAUCACUGGGAUCUCCCUAUGCGGCUCACCCACGAAAUACAGCCUGCAACCCGGCUGCAGCUCAUCAGCAACCACCUCAACACGGAGUUUAUGGAAACAACUCUGCAGUAACCACAACAAAUACAGGUGUGAUCUCUGCUGGAGUUUCGGUGCCUGUCCAAAUAUCAACACAGAAUGUCGCGGAUUUAACUGGCAGCAGUUAUUGGCCACGCCUUCAGUGAUCUUCAAUCUUUAGAAUACGCACGGAUUUGCUUUCGAAAGCGACAGCUGCUGCAGUUUCUGAUACCCACUAUGAGCAGAAAUCACAUUCGCUGAAGCCCACGUCAUCUCUGUUUAUGGACAGACCAGAAGUAACCGAACCCGACGAAAUAGAUUCAUCUUUGGUGUACAUUAAGUUGACUGAAAAGUCAAUCAAUCAAAAUAGUUUACCACCUAUUACAAUUAGAUCAGUGCCAUCUGAUUCAAACUCGUGUAUGUAUUAAGCCCAUGCAACAAGUCCUUCCCAAAUAAUUCCAAAUAAUCGUCAUCAGUUCAUUCUUAUCUUUAAUAAUAAAUGGUUAAUUAAUGAACGCAUUCAGUAUGAAUUUUUUAUUUUUGUCAUCGUAAUUUCCGUUUUUAUACUCGCCACUCAUAGCAUUGGGGCUCCAGGAAACGUAUGCAACAGGCAGAAGGAGGAAUCUUCGACCCUUUAAAGUAUAUAUAUUCUUCAUCAGCGUCAACAGCCAAAGCGACAUAGUCAUGUCUGUCUGUCCGUAUGAACUCCUUGAUCUCAGAGACAAUGAAAGAUAGAAAUAUAAAUUUUCGAUAGAACUUAUUAUGUUUCUAUUGAAAAAAAAGCUUAAUGCGAGAAUCGCGAGUUUUGGUACAUACAAUCAAACUACGGACUUUGUGAUUCCUGAAAAUUUAGCUUUGUCUAAUCAUUUUGUAUAUUUUGUACUCUACAGUAUAUUUCGAAUAUAUCACUAUAUCAAUAUACCAAUUAUUGCCUUCGGUAUAUAUUAGUAUUUUGUGGUAUAUUUAUUUCAAAUAUUUUAAUAAUAAUACCGCACUGGUUUGCUUUUAUUCGAAAUGAGUAGCGGGAAUCUCACAGUCUCUCGACUAUAGCUUUCUUACUUGUUUAUUUAUUUUCUGUAUUCAAAACACAAUAUAUGUAU